CCACUUUUUCUGUUUCUCUUUUUCUUUGCUUCUUCUUUAAAAUGGCUGCAGUAGAAACGACACAAAUAUUUAAAGACAAUCUUUUUAAGGGAAAGGUCUUGCUAUGCUCUGGUGGUGGUAGUGGUAUUUGUCGUGCCAUGACAGAAGCUAUGGUUCGUCACGGUGCCAAAGCUGUCAUUUUCUCCAGAAGGUAAGUAGUAUACCAUCACAAAAAAAAGGACCGAUCUUAACUCGAGUUGAAAUAGCAAAGAUAAGUUGGAGAAAGCAGCCAAAGAAAUGAGUGCCAAGACAGGCGGCGAAGUUUUUGCUAUCGCAGGUGAUGUUCGUAACCCUAAAGAUGCCGAGCACGUUGUCAAGACUACCGUUGAAAAGUACGGUCGCCUUGAUUUCUUGAUCAAUGGUGCUGCUGGUAAUUUCUUGGCUGCCUUUGGUAGUUUAUCUUACAAUGCGUUCCGUACUGUUAUUGAAAUUGACUUGCUCGGUACCUUUAAUUUGACAAAGGCUGCUGUUGAACAUCUCAAAAAGUCAAAGGGUUCAGUUAUUAAUGUGACAGCAACUUUGCAUUAUACAGGUACACCUUUCCAACAACAUGCUGGUGCUGCUAAAGCUGCUAUUGAUGCUCUCACAAAGCAUUGGGCUAUUGAAUUAGGCCCUCAUGGUAUUCGUGUCAAUGCUAUUGCUCCUGGCCCUAUUGCAUCAACUGUUGGUAUGGAGAAACUUGGUCCUGCAUUUGAUUUGCAAGCUGUGCCUUUGCAGCGUAUGGGUGAAGUCCAAGAUAUUGCUCAAUCUACAGUCUUCCUCUUUUCUCAAGGUGCUUCCUAUAUCACUGGCGUUGUUCUUGUUGUAGAUGGUGGUUCUUGGAUGAACCCUGCAUACCCUGGUUAUCCUAAUGUUGUCCUCAACCCUCCUGAUUUUAAGCUUUAAGUAGUGAUAUUUAUUUGACAUUUACAAUAAUAAAAUUACAUU